GGAAGGCAAGCAAGAAAGAUGCAGACCAGAUACAGUUAAUAAGUACUCAAGUUUAGAAGGAAUACGAAACCAGUUCGCUAAAUACGUAAAUAAUCUCUGUCUGACAUUUCUGGCGCCAGUUUUCAAAACCCACCCACUGUUUCUUCCCCCAGAAACCCAAACCCUUACUUGAUAUCAGAACUUGUAAUAGAGAUACUCUCUUCUCUCUUCCUUCCCCUUUCUUGCUUCUCCGUCUAAUUCCUUCUGCUACCUUCUUCUUUCUCAUUGAUUUCUCGCUCGUAUAUCAUGGUUCGGCGAGGGAAGCGGGGUCGGUCGCGCAAAAAUUUGAACGUCUCAAAUGAGCGCACGGACACACAGGAAUUCGAUAGGGUUCUGCCCAAUCGCCACUCGAAUGAUCGAGAUGGAACUUCUGUUCGUACUGUUGGGGGAAUUCAAGAGCCAGAUAGUGAAGAGAAGGUGAAAGAAUGUCUCGAUGUUGGGGGGGCAAUUCAAGGGGCCUCUACAAAGCGGUCUGUAGUGUUUGAACCCAAGGUUUAUUCCAGGAGAAAGGUUAAUUCUGUUAAGGAGGAGGUCAAAGUUGCCGAAAGGUCGGGUUUCUUAGACCAGAAGGACGAAAACAUCGGUGGGAAAAAGUCGGAAUGUGGUGAUGGAGGGGUUGUUGUGAAGGUGGAUGGAAACAGAGGUGAUGAAGAGCUGAAAUUCCUUGGGAAUCAGUUGGUGGACGCUAAGCUAGGUGUGGAUAGUGGGGAUUUAGAUGAGAAAGCGACAUCUAUGGAACUGGAGGACAAGCAAGUCUCUGUGAAGAAAAACGGCCAAUUUGGUCGGUCCGACGGAGAUAAUAUAGGCCCGUCGAGGAAGAGAGGCAGAAACGCUGCUAAGAGGGUGAAUUAUGAUGAGAAUUUUCUACAAGAGCUUGAUAUUUCUGAUGAAGAAUAUGGGCGGCUCUCUCCUAAGAAGUUCCGUGGAACAAAGGGUAGACCGAAGAAGAAGGGCCCGAAGUCUCAAAAGGGAAAAGCUGGUGAGAGUGGAAAGGACGGUGAUGGCGCUUCUGUGAACAAGCAUAACCAAAGUGUUAAGGUCAACCAGCAUGUUAAUGAAGAUGGUGAUAAUGGUGAUGGAGAAGAGCGAAUUUGUCAUUUAAAUGAAGAGGAUGGGAACAAGGCGGAUCAAAGAAGACCAAAGAAGCGUGGGAAGAAAGGUCGUUCAAUUGUUGGAUGCCCAGAAAAUACUAAAAGUUCAUUGCAAAGGAAGGAACUGAAAGGCGAAGAGACAGCUAAUGAAUCUGAAGAGGGUCUGACUUCUUCAGAACAGAGCAAGCUGGCGGGUCAUUCCCUGAGGCCUUCACGAGUUCCAAAGGAAGGGGAUGAGGAGAACGACAAGAAAAUAACGAAAAAAGAUCCAGUAUGGAUUGCGAACAAGUCUAUGAUGUGCCACCAGUGUCAAAGGAAUGAUAAAGGGAGGGUUGUCCGGUGCCAGACUUGCAAGAGGAAGCGAUUUUGUAUCCCCUGCUUAAAGACUUGGUAUCCUCGGAUGGAAGAGGAUGAAAUUGCUAAUCAGUGCCCAGUUUGUCGCAAUAAUUGCAAUUGUAAAGCAUGCUUGCGUCUAAAUUUUGCCAAAAAUCCAUUUAAGGAUUUAGAACUGAAUGUUAGCGAGGAUGAAAAGGUUCAGCAUACAAAGUACUUGCUACAAAAGCUUUUGCCAUAUGUGAAGCAACUGAACCUAGAACAGAUGAGGGAGAGGGAGCUGGAGGGGGAAGCUGUGGUUGUGCAGUACAUUAGUCAAGGUCUUGACUAUAUGCAUGGUGAAAAGGAGGAAAUAGUGGAAAAGUCUGCCGAGGUACAACCUAAGGAUCAUGUGAGGACAGGUUCUGAAUGGAAGGCCAAUGAAGAUGGGAGCAUCUCUUGCCACUGUGGCAACGGGAUUCUAGUACUGAAGUGUAUAUUUCCUGAAAAUGAGAUAUCAGAUUUGGUUGAUAAAGCAGAAAAAAUAGCAAAAACUUGUGAACUUCUGGAUGUUGGUACCACUUCUUUGCGAGGAUGUCCUUGUUUUGACUCCAACGGCAAUGUUGAUCUAAGCAACCCUAAUUUGUUGAAAGCAGCUUCUCGGGAAGAUUCUUAUGACAACUAUUUGUACUGUCCGUGGGCCAAAGACAUUCAACAUGAUGAUCUGAAGCAUUUUCAACACCAUUGGAUGAAAGCUGAGCCAGUGCUUGUUAGGAAUGUCCUGGAAACUGCAUCUGGAUUAAGCUGGGAACCAAUGGUCAUGUGGCGUGCCUUCCGCCAGAUUAAAAAGCUGAAGCAUGAGACACAUUUGGAUGUCCAGGCCAUUGAUUGUUUAGAUGGUUGUCAGGGGGAUAUCAAUAUUCACGAAUUCUUUACUGGUUAUUCAAAGGGUCGAUUCGACAGUUAUCAGUGGCCCAGAAUAUUGAAAUUGAAAGAUUGGCCUCCAUCGAAUCUAUUCCAUGAACGACUGCCACGUCAUGGUUUUGAAUUCCUGUGUUGUUUGCCCUUUAAGGAAUAUACAGAUCCUAAGGAAGGACUUCUAAAUCUUGCUGUCAAACUGCCAAAAUACUCGCUGAAGCCAGACAUGGGGCCAAAAACUUACAUUGCUUAUGGAGUUGCCCAAGAGCUUGGGCGUGGGGAUUCUGUAACCAAGCUCCAUUGUGACAUGUCUGAUGCGGUGAAUGUCUUGACGCAUACUGCUGAAGUGACCUUCACACCCGAACAGCUUGCUGAAAUAGAAAAGUUGAAGCAAAAGCACAUUGAACAAGACAGAAGAGAAAUUUUUGGGAGUGGUCUGGGAAUUGACGGAGAGGAGAACACCAGUGUACAAGUUGGUAGCUUAUAUAGCUCGGAUGCAAAUAAAGAAGAAUCUACUAAUGAAUUUGAUGAGGAAAAGCAUCUAGCUGACCAAGUUGUUCAACAGAGUGAUAGGCCUAGACAUAUGUUUGGAGAUCUGGAAGAUGCUGAGGGAGGUGCUCUAUGGGAUAUUUUCCGGAUACAAGAUAUUCCCAAGUUGCAGGACUACCUUAAAAAGCAUUUCAAGGAAUUCAGACACAUAUAUUGCUGCCCAGUGCCAAAGGUUGUCCACCCAAUUCAUGAUCAGGCCUUCUAUUUGACCCUAGACCAUAAGAGGAAGCUAAAGGAGGAAUAUGGCAUUGAACCAUGGACAUUUGUCCAGAAACUUGGUGACGCGGUAUUGAUUCCAGCAGGUUGUCCUCAUCAAGUGAGAAACUUGAAGUCGUGUAUAAAGGUUGCUCUUGACUUUGUCUCACCUGAAAAUCUACCUGAGUGCAUCCGCUUGACAGAGGAAUUUCGACUACUUCCCCCAAAUCAUCGGGCUAAGGAGGACAAGUUGGAGGUAAAGAAAAUGGCUGUAUACGCUAUGAAGCAGGCAGUUGAGGAACUUGAGAUUGUGUGCCAGAGCCCAGAAAGGGAGUGAUACACUUUUCUGCUUUGGUUGAAGACAGCAGAGGGAGUAAAGAAAGUGAAAUGAAGUAGUUUUUUCAUUGGGAAUAUACUAGUCAACGGCUCAGAUUUCAUCUUGUUGUAACCAGUUUUGCCUAGCAAGAGCAGUGCUAGAAGAUAGAGAAACAAUUUUUAUAGUUUUGAAGAGGAAAGAUAAAAUGAGUUGAAACAUUUGUAUCUAUGUUUACCAUCAUGUAAACUCUGGGUUAAAACUCCGUAACCAAAAGCUCACCUUGGGAAUGUUUUACAGGGGGUGUAUAUGAAAAUUUCUAUUUAAUUACAACCAAAGUUUUCGGUUUUGGUUGA